GAGUAUUUACGGAAGUAAGCGGAUCAUUAGAUCGAGUCUGUUGUGUUUUUGGUGAACGGGGCAUGACAUAGUAUUUAUCCUUUCACAUUGUGAUUGUAUGUCUUUAAUAAUCAGAGAAGCAGGUUUUAUUUUUUUUUUUUUUUUGUUCUGCUGCUGCUGAGCUGCCGCAGGACAGACCACGGCUGCUUCUGGGUGGUUUAGGAAUAACCGCAGCACGAUGAAGGUCCUCUCGUAGUUAGUGUGUUUAAAUCCUGUAAGGGUUACACUGGCUCUGCACUCACUGGAGACCUUCAUCUUGUGUCGCUGUCUCCGGAGGCCUUAACUGGGUGGAAAGUGCGGCUGACGGUCGGGUGUUGGCACCAUGGGAGCCGAGCAGAGUGGAGAUGCGGAACAUAAACACUCCGAUUACAGCUCAUCUGCGGUGCCGUCCCCGGCGAGGCAGAAGGCAAAGAUGGAUGACAUUGUGGUCGUGGCCCCGGGGACUCAGUCCAUGAGGAAUAUCCACAACGACCCCGAUGUGAUCAAGCUCCAAGAGAUCCCUACGUUUCAGCCGCUUCUUAAAGGAGUGCUGAGCGGUCAGACGUCCCCAAGCAGCGUGUGCCUGGAGAGGCUGGACCCCGCUCAGGUUCUGCAGCUCUGCAUCCGAUACCAGGACCACCUGCACCAGUGUGCUGAAGCCGUGGCCUUCGACCAGAACGCUCUUGUUAAGAGGAUCAAAGAGAUGGACCUGUCAGUGGAGGCCUUGUUCAGCAUAAUGCAGGAGCGCCAGAAACGCUACGCCAAGUACGCCGAGCAGAUCCAGAAGGUCAACGAGAUGUCUAUGAUCCUGCGCCGCAUCCAGAUGGGGAUAGACCAGACGGUGCCCCUGAUGGAGCGCCUCAACAACUUGCUGCCGGAGAGCGAGCGCCUGGAGCCCUUCAGCAUGAGGCCGGACGGGGAACCCUCUGCCAAGUAGCCAGCCCAGAUGAACCGGGCUGCCUCAGGGCGCCGCGGGGCAGGUGCUGUCAUCAGCUCCCCAGAGAGGGAAAUUCUGUUCAGUGCCGGAUGUUUUGUGGAACUAGUAGCAGUGACUGGCAGCUGCAUGUUUGUCCACACCAGUUCUAACCUGCUGGAGAGGAGAGACACGGAGAAGGAGCGGUCAGGUUUUAGAGCUUCCUCUUGGAAAUAAAAUCAUGUUGGUGUAGUUGUACUGGAGAUUUGGGGACAACUACCAAAAAAAAAAAAAAAAAAAAAAAAAAAAAACUGCCGAAGGACUGCAGAAGAACUUUUUUUUUUUUUUUCGGAUCAUUCGUCUCACCUCACCAACCCUGGCUGAAAUCUCUGACUGCUCCGACUGGUGUUACAUUCUGAACAUCAUAAUCAAGGCUGUAGAUGGGAGAGAAGUGAGAAUGCUGGUGUUGGACACAAACCACAAGUGAAAGAGGAAACGUUUGCUUGCAGAGCAAUCAGUCCAGCUUUUCAUGAAGGGUUUUAGAUGAAAUGCUUUGCUCUCUGAACCAUUAAAGGUAAUAAUCAUGGAUU